AGAUCAGCCAACAGAGGGCAGGCAGCUAGCAGCUUUCUGAAGCGAACAAAGUCCAAAUGUUGGGUGUUUCAGACUCAGGCUGACCUCUGACGGAAUUCCCUUAAAGGUUGGAAGCCAAAUAAUAAACUACAGGAGGAAAUAACCCCGCUUUUAGCCUGGGAAAUGUUUCCGCUGGAACAUGGAGCGAGCAUUCCCACCUGACAACAAGAACAGAGAGACCGGUGAAAUGGAGGAGGACGUUGAAGGUACCUGGGGCGAAGAGCUCCGACUAGUCCUUGUCGGAAAGACCGGGUCUGGAAAAAGUGCAUCUGGAAACACCAUCCUGGGGCGCAGGCAGUUCCUGUCGCAGAUCAGUGCCAGCUCUGUCACCCAGAUCUGUGAGCUGGGCAUUGCUUCAAUGGCAGAAGAAGAGGACGCAGAGCAGGAAGGCAACGCUGUCCCACGAAGGAGGAAGAGGAAGAUAAUGGUGGUUGAUAUGCCAGGGUUUGGUGACACUCACCUGAGUGUGGAGCAGACCCACGCAGAGAUAGCCAAAUGUGUGUCUCUGUCAGCUCCCGGUCCACACGCAUUCCUCCUUGUGGUGCCAGUUGGACGCUACACAGACAAUGAGAACCAGGCAGUCUGCCAGUUGGGUGACAUAUUUGGAGCCGACGCGGUCUCCAACCACACUGUAGUUCUGUUUACCAGGGGGGACGAUCUGGACGGGGUUGGGAUCGAAAAGUACCUCAGAGAGACGGCACCUGAUGGACUUAAAGCCCUGAUUGAGAGGUGUGGGGGUAGAUACCAUGUACUCAACAACAGAGAGCCAAAUAACUUGGAGCAGGUUAGACAGCUGGUGAGGAAGGUGGAUGAAAUGGUGAAGCAGAACAACGGAGGGUUUUAUACCAAUGCGGUGUUUCUAGAGGCAGAGGCCGCCAUCACAGAGGAGCAGAACAAGAUGUUGAGGGAGCGAGGGCAAACAGAGGGGGAAGACGAAUCGGAGGGAUCGAACAGUAGCAAAGUUGCAAAACGAAGAAAGUGUGAGUUGGAGUCGGAUGGAGGUGAUAAGGAUUUUAAGGUUGAGAGAUGGACGGAGGAAAGCAGGAGCAACCCCUUCCGACUCCUCAGAGACCGGUUCAGAGGCAGGAAUCAGGGCAUGGGCAGGAGGAGACAGGCUAUCCAUUCAUCCUUGAGCCGCCUGAGGAGGGAAGCAGCUCUGUCCGCUAAAGUGCUGGACAGGGUGAAGAUCCUGGUGGCUGCAGGGGCAACGGGCAUGGCGGUUGGGGCCAUGUUUGGGGCGGCUGCACCUCUGGCGGCGGCAGCAGGGGCCUCUCUCGUAGGGAACUCCGUUGGUUUUGCCGCGGGACAGAUGGCAGGGAUGUCUGUAGCUGGAGGUACCAGUGUUGGGAAAGCAGUUGGGGCCAUAGUGGCGGCUGCCUCUGGAAAAACAGCAGUGGCUCUUGGGGCGGCGACAGGAGGGGUCUUGGGCGGCUCAGUGGGAAUUGUCGCUGGCAGCGAGGCCACGAGUUCCCAGGAGGGCGUUUUAGACGCCCUGGGCCAGGUGAGCAUGAUAGGAACCUCUGCUGUGGGAGUGGCAGCUGGAGUGGGGUGUGCCAUGGGAGCUGGAGCUGCUUUGGGUGCAGCUGUGGAGGGAGCAGCGGCACUCAGUGGAGCAGAAACUGCGGUGGCCUCUGCAGGAGGCGGAGCUGCAGGAGCUCUUCAGUGCUCCGCAGCCUUAGCGCCAAAUGUCCCACCGGGGGCCGUGUGUGAAGUAGCGGGGCCUGCGUCGGGCCACUGGGGUACUGUGGCAGCAACUACUCGGAUCUUAAACGCAGUGGCUGAGAUCGGAAAAGCGGCAGCAGGUAUUGCUCUGGCUGGUGGUUUGGUAGUGAAAGUGGUGAAGGAGAAAGUGAGAUCUGGCACCAGCACUCAAGAGGCCAGUUAUUCAGAGAGAAAGUCAUAUGAAGUCUACUGGAACAAAUAAACUGGGACUUAAUCUAGAGUGCAAUGCCUCUAAAUUAGAUCAUCUUCAUGGAACUGCCCAUUGUGAUGCAGUGGGAUAUAGUGUAGCCUUAUAUUUCAUACGGAUGAAAAGAUCCAGCAUUUCAUUGAAAAGAUAAAAAAAGGGAAACAGAAAAUCUCGACUGCAGUCCUGAAAUCCACUUUUCUGUUUUUCGCACCAUUUAUCUUAAUCAGAUGUUAAAAAGUUGUGCCUCUGCUCUUUCCACUGGAACCAAAAGCAAUUACAUUAUUUUUAUUAGUAGUAGUAGAGGUGACAUCACACCUGCUGUGGUAAAUGAUGAAAUAAUUACACAGUUGGCGUAAUAAACCAGGUUUUGCAACCUAUGUUAGCAUAUAGCGCUGCUAGCAAUAAAAACAGCAUACAUACUUUUCUUAACUCUGAGAUAUCCAAAAGGCUGCCACCAUUUCUACAUCCAGAAUUGUUAAUAAUACAGGGUAUAAAAGCCAAAAAGAAAAAAAGGGUUUGCAGGUAAUAGCCUUACUAUUACCCGUGAAGGUCUUGUUCUCCCGUUAGACAUGUUGUAAAAAGUACAGUUUUUACUUAAAGCUUUCUUUGACAGAAUUUUGAACAUAUUACUAAUCCUGAAAAUAUUUAACUUUAAUUUUUCUUUGGUCUCCAGCAACUUCAACACUGAUACUGAAACCAAAAGCACUUAGGUACAGGGGUUUUAUAAAAAAUAAAAAGUCACAAACUGAUUUGGUGCAUUUUGACCUUUGACAUUGCUGAAAGAAAAUAUUUUUUUUAAUUUAUUUACUGAUGUGUUGUUUUCAGUAGUGUGUGGCUUGAAUUGAAACAGAAGCACUGAAGGUUCAUAAGUAUUUUAAUAACAGGAUUUUUCACUUCCAGAAAGCAGUGGAUGUUUUUUGUGUUAGAAGAAGCCGAUUUCAACUGGUAUUCAUUUCACUGUGGUAAUAAAGUGUUCCUUUUCAAAUACCACAAAUGUUAUUUUUCAUUAUUGUGUGUAUUGAUUGUGUUGUCUUUGUUUGAUUAGAUAAUUGUAAUAAUAAUCUAUUUAUUCAACUUUCUUGAGCUUAUUACUAGUUGAGAGUUUCUGUCCUACUAAUGGUAUUAACCAGUAAGUGUUGUGUUAUUUUAAAAUUCAAUAAAUGUUCUUCAGUUCAUCAA